AUGGUCAAGGUGGCGCUCUGUUUGAUGGUCGCGCUCGCUGUCGCGAGCUGCGCAUUCGCCGGCCGCGUCCUCGACGAGCAUCCCGCGGCGACUCCUCCGGUGCAGGCUCCUCUGCCGGUGGAUCCAUUGCAGGUGCCGACCGAGCCGUCUGCUGACCCAGUGGUGGUGCCAGUGCCCGCGCCCGCGCCCGCGGCGGCAUUACCUUUGCCAUCCAACGCCGCUGGCGCUGCAGGGGUAGCUCCCACUGCGGCUGAAGGUGUAACGGCAAACGACGGUGUGUCUGCGGGUGACCACCCGCCGCUGACGUUCUUCAUGCACGACAUCCUCGGCGGCGGCACGUGGCCGUCGGCGGCGCUAAUGGUGACUGGGAUGGUGGCGAGCGCCGCCGACCUGGGCAACGGCAACAGCGUCCUUGGAAGUACAUCCGUCAACCUCGUCGAGGACAACAGCAACAAUAACAUCCCCUCCGUCAACGCGGGCGACAUGCCGACCGGUGCCGCGCCCCAAAACGCCCUCUUCGGCACAACCACCAUCAUCGACGAAGACCUCACCGAGAGUCACGAGCUCGGCGCCGCGGUCGUUGGCAGCGCGCAGGGGUUCCACGUCGCGGCCUCGAAGGACGGCGCCAGCAAGACGGUCGUCCUGACGGCCAUGUUCGGCGGUGGCGAAGUGCACGGCGACACGCUCAGCUUCGUCGGGGUGCACCGGAUGGCGGCGUCAGCGUCCCACGUCACCAUCAUCGGCGGCACCGGGAAGUACCAGAACGCCAAGGGCUUCGCCGCCAUUCAGACGCUGCAAACCGACGAUCAGCACACCACCGACGGUGGAAAAAACAUGCUCCAGUUCAACGUUCACCUCUCCUGA